AUGAAGGACAAGUGGAACGUGCAAAUUCCUCGGGGAAAGGUCAAGCCGCCCUUCCGAGCAGCAGCUCGAUCCAACCCACUCCACGUCAGCGGCGGCGGCGGCGGCGGAGGAAAAGUAUCCGCGAACGACCGACGGAUGUGGGAGGACGAGCGGAAACGUCUGGUGCGCGUUCCCAGGCGUGCGACGCACGGCGACGACGACUACGACGAUUACGACGACGAGGACGACAACGACGAGGAGCAAGGCUACGGGGGAAACGGCCGCUCUUCCAGCGGGCGCGGCGGCUAUCGCAGGGUCGGGAAGGUGGUGGACGAUGAGGAGGACGAGUUCGGCGAGGAGGGGUGCUUGUGGUGGUUCUGCUGCUCGUGCUUCAAAUGGCAGCGCGUGUGCGGCGUGAUGUGCGGGCUGGUGAUCCUCGCCGCGCUUCUCUACGCGCUACUCGACGCCAGCGACCUGCUCCCUUGCGGUGACAAGUGUCUUCCCGCCAUGGGGAACCUCGGCCCGCUGUACCAGCGCGCGGUGAAUGCCGCGCAGCAGCAGAUGGGCGGAGAGACGGCGUUUCCGAGUGCCGCGGAUGGCGCCGCAGUCGGCGCUGAAGGCGGAAUCGGGGAAGCAGGAUCAGCCGCCGCAGCUUACGCUCAGCAGCAGCAGCAACAGCCAUCUCAAAGCGACGCACUGCCGUAUCAGCCGGAGCAACAGCAGCAGCAGCAGCUGCAGCAGCAACUGGAGCAGCAGCAGCAGUCUAUGGUGCACUUCGAGCCACAAGAUAGCGCUCUGCUAGUUCCGCACACCCAACCGGUGGAGCAGCAGCAACAGCAACAGCAGCAGCAGCAAGAAGAAGCGCCUGAGCUGCCGCAGGAACCGCCGUUGGACAUGCCGUUUGUGCCGCCGCAGAAUCCGCCGCUGACCCCGCUACAAGAGCCAGAUGGUUCAUCCGAAGCUGGGACGGAUGCGAAGCCGCAAGACCUGCCCGACGGGUCCGCUGUGGCCGCGCAAGAGGCGGAGGGAAACGCGGAAGAAGCGAUGGCUGCGGGAGGAGAGACUGGUGUGAACCUGGCUCAGACGGAAGCGCAGCAGGUGCGCUCGGCGGAGGGGCAGCAGCAGCCGCCUGCAGCGCAAUGGGGGGCAGAUUCUGCCCAGGGUGGCGCAGAGACGUGGGGAGCGGAAGUCGGAGUGGGUGCCGCGGAAGAUAUCCGCGGAGCGGCGGCCGCGGAGGUGGAUGGGAACGCGGAAGAGUCCCGCGGGUACAGCACCGCUGCAGGGAACGCGGAAGUGGAAGGGCAAGUGGCGGCGGAGAGACAAGUGGAGGCGGACGGGUUUGUAGCGGCGGCGGGGCAAAUGGUGGCGGAGAGGCAAGUUCCGCCGCAGAGUCAAGGAGUAAUUGCGGAAGGUGCAGUGGCGCAAGAGGUCCAGGAGGAUCGCGCGCGGACAGGGCGGCCAGGUGCGCCGGUAGAUGCGGGGGCAGCAGAGGCGGUAGGCGGGCCAGCGGCGAAGACUGCGGGGACUGCAGGGCAGGCGGAACUCCAGGGAGAGCUGGAGGCGGGCGGUGGGGCGCAGAUUCCGGACACACGUACUGGUUCCGGCAACGCGACAGGCGCUUCAGCUGCUACAGCUGUCACAGGCGCUAUGGAUGUUCCUGGAAGUGUUUCCGUGGCUGGUACCAAGGCCGCAGCUACAAGCAGUGUCCCUGGCGUUGCUGCUAGCACUGCUUCAAGCCCAGCCUCUGCUACAGCCGUUGCGACAGUCCCUGCAGCAACCGCUGCUAAAGCUGCUGCCACAGCCUCUGCUGCAACCUCUGCUACAGCCGCUGUUACAGCCUCUGCUACAUCCCCAGCUACAACCGCCGGUGCAUCACAAACGUCCGGCUUCGGACACGUGGCAGGCGGGGUUCAGCAGCUACAGGCGGAGGGGGAAGCGCGCGCGAGAGCGGAGCAACAGAGGAAGAAGGGGGAGGGUAAGGCGAACGACGCGGCGCAAGGCGAUGAGGUGCCUGACGACGCCAUGGCUGCUGAUUUCCGCGCUUGCAUUGAGCCCGGCAAGCUCGCUGACAUGGCUGCCCAGUCCUCGUGGCCCUAUCUCGCGCUCUUGGGUGUGCGGCCAGGCUUUACACGUCAGCAGGAGGCGCUCUUACGUGGCUUGUGGGCAGCAAAGGCGACGGGAUCCGUGCUGCUGCUGCCGCCCUUUUUCCUGAGCUUCGAUUCGGGCGGCAUGAAGCAGACGAAGCUGCAGCAAUACCUCGAUACAGACAGACUCGUUACUCAUAUGUACUGCUCUUCCAAGUCCUGGGCGGUUGACCAUUUACCGGCCUCCAUCGUAGCCUCUCUUCCCGCAAACGCCACGGCUGCCAACAUGCCUGCGCUUGUGCAAGCUCUGGGACCUGCAGCGCAGCGCAUUCCUUCCAAAGUAGUUGCUGCGUUGAGCGCCGGUGGUGGUGGUGGCGGCGGUGGCGGUGGUGAUGCCGCUUCUGUUAUAGCUGCUUGGAGUGAGAAGAUGAGAGAUGAUGCUGCAGCUGGGAAGGUCAAGCUCAUUCUCCUGGACGCGGACACGCCCAUCCCCUUCACCUCGCGCGACCAGCAGCACCUGCGCCGCAACGGCUUAGCAGCCAUGCGCCCUGCGCAGCCCAUUGCAUCGCUCUCCGCACACCUCCUGCACCUGCUGCGCAAGACCCACGAGGCGCAAUUCGGUGAGCUAGUUGGCUUCUCCUUUGCAGUCGUGCACAUCAACCCAGACUCACUCGCAGAAGCCUCUGCUUUCGCCGCUGCUCCUGGCGGUGGUAACGGUAUCCUCGGCAACAGCAGCAGCGGCAACAGCAGCAGCAGCAGCAGCAGUGGAAGUAGUGGCGGCAGCAGCACUGACCGGCUGCUGUCUGUCCUGCUUGCAGUGCUCAACCCCGCCCACACCCUCCUCUACGUCACGAUCGGCGACACGCCUCAGCGCGCAGCCAUCCUGAACCGCCUCACCUCCGCUUCCUUUCACAUUACCACUCGUGACGCCCUCUUACGCUCCGACCGUUCCGCAGCAACCUCCGAUGCACAGAGGUUCUUAUCUGCGCUCCACCCGGAGCAUGAGAUGCAGGCUGCGGUGGAACAAGCAGUGGCGAGGGAGGCUGCGGUGUUUUUUGGCCCGGCUGAGUCGUCCUUCUCUUCCCUGGUGUUUGAGCUAAGGUGCUUCACGCACCCGCCCCUGCUGGAGGGAGGGGAAGGUGUGGCGAUGCGUGCGACUGUGUUCUACGAUGUGGGUCCGUCUGCUGUGCCGUGCCGCACUCCCAGUGGCAGGAGUCUGCGCCGAGGGGGACGGGGGCGUGGGGCGGCGGAAGAGAGCAGCAGAGGAGGAUGCGAGCACGGACAUGUGGGAGACGAGAGGAUGGAGUACCAGCAGGGCGUGCGGUCGCUGAUGUUGUUCACUAUCCACCCGUUGGACGAGCCCGACCCGUCUCAGUGCAUGGAGUACCAGCAGGGCGUGCGGUCGCUGAUGUUGUUCACUAUCCACCCAUUGGAUGAGCCCGAGCCGUCGCAGAGGCAGUGGCAGCAGCAGCAGCAGCAGCAGCAGCAGCAGCAGCAGCAGCAGCAGCAGCAGCAGCAGCAGCAGCAGCAGCAGCAGCAGCAGCAGCAGCAGCAGCAGCAGCAGCAGCAGCAGCAGCAGCAGCAGCAGCAGCAGCAGCAGCAGCAGCAGCAGCAUUAG